CGGUGGGGCUCAACUGUUUCUGCUCUGAUGAUUUCUCAAGCGUCCGGUGAAGCAAGCGGCGGAGCGUCCCCGCGGCAAGGGAUGGCGGCGUGGGCGGAGCAGCUGCAGCGCGAGCUCGCCGGCCGCGGCCUCGCCGUCGCCUCCGUUCCAGGGAAGGGCCGCGGCCUCGUCGCCUCCCGCAGCUUCUUCCCCGGGGAGGUCAUUAUUUGCCAAGAACCCUAUGCUUCUACGCCCAACAGGAUUUCGGUUGGAUCGAGCUGCGACCACUGCUUCGCCUCCGGCAACCUGAGGAAGUGCUCGGUUUGUCGAGUAGCUUGGUACUGUGGGAGCGUGUGCCAGAAAGAAGAAUGGAAGCUGCAUCAACUUGAGUGUCAAGCCAUCUCAGCGCUGACAGAGGAAAGGAAGAAGAUGCUUACUCCUACAAUCUGUUUGAUGGUGAAGCUUAUACUAAGAAGAAAACUGCAAAGCGAGAAGGCCAUUCCAUCUUCAGCAACAGAUAACUACGAUCUAGUGGAUGCGUUGGAGUCCCACAUCUCGAAGGUUGAUGAUAAUCAAUUGGUCCUCUAUGCUCAGAUGGCCAAUCUUGUGCAGCUGAUUCUCCCUUCAAUUGAACUUGAUCUUAAGGAAAUUGCACAUACUUUUUCUAAGUUCGCCUGCAAUGCUCAUACCAUAUGUGAUCCUGAACUGAGGCCCCUUGGGACUGGACUGUUUCCUGCUAUAUCAAUUAUUAACCACAGUUGUGUACCAAAUGCAGUUUUGCUUUUUGAGGGUCGGACUGCAUAUGUACGCGCGUUGCAACCCUUGAGUAGCUAUACUGAGGUAUCAAUAAGUUACAUCGAAACUGCAGCAACCACUUUGAAGAGACACAAUGAUCUCAAGCAGUACUUCUUCACCUGCACAUGUACCCGAUGUAUUAAGGAUUCUGAGGAAGAUGCUCUCCUGGAGGGAUACAGAUGCAAGGACCAAAAGUGUGAUGGCUUUCUGCUGCCUGACUCGGGAAAGAAGGCUUAUGCAUGCCAGAAAUGUAGCAUUUCUAGAGAUGAAGAAGAGGUAAAGAAGGUGUCAAGUGAAAUAUUACUGUUGUCUGACAAAGCUUCUUCGUUUCUUUCAUCUGGAAGUAUCCUUCGCUAUCAUUUUUUUCUGAAAUAAA